AUGACAGCCAUUCAGACACCCGUCGAUACUGCGUCGGCCAUGGAAGACAUUCACGGAGUCGAUGUAUCGUGGCUGCACCACUCAACUAGAGUAGACCAUCAUCACCGCCAGCAGGCCCCCUCGUCGCCAGGCCUGAGUAGAGAUGCGCCUCCCAAGACAUCGUCACAUGGUGGACUACCCACCAGGCCCCGCCACGACGAGCAGCAAAUUCAUGAGCCGACACCGGCGACGACGAGACCCGCAUCACCGCCGCGACCGCCCCCAGCUGGAGCUACACCAUCAAGCGCAACGCCUCCCCAGAAGAUACCGCCAAAACGUCCAGCACUGCUUAGCCGAGGCAGUACUGAUAAGAAUGUCAGCGGAACAACGCCACCCGAAUCAAAGAACAACUCGCGACGCAACUCGUGGAUGAAUAGCAUCAGCUCAAAGUUCUCGUCGCAAAACUCGCCCGCACAAACGACACACACCCAGGCCCAGGGAUCACCCGCUGCUGCCAAUGGCGCGACCAAUACUGCCCCCUCGGCCAACGGCGCCCUGAACGGCAUACAAGCGGCGUCGGGAGGCAGCAAUGGCGCCGCUGAGCCCUACGUCCCGCAACAGCCCAAGAGUUCGUUUGUCGGAAACGUGCUGCGACGCCUGUCAUCGGGAACACAAGUUGGCACCGCUGGCAAGGUCUAUCCAAACGGAGGCAUGUGCCCACGAAAGGUCAUGAACGUCGACCCCAACCGCGAGCGAUGCCUAGUCCCUGAACUGGAUCAGAACAAGUUGCGCAAGGUCGCAUUUUGCGUAGAUGUUGAGAUUGCUGGAGGACCCAAGUACAAGGACGAUGCGGAAACAGACGAUAAAAAGGCGAAGCGCAAGGACAAGAAGUUGAAGGAGCGCGGCGAGGGCGAGGCACUGAAGAACCCGGAAGCCGUGGCGGAAGAGAAGGAUAAGGAUGGUGUCGUCGCCAUCGCUCAAGAAGUCGUCGGCAACGAUUCCGAGCCAAACCCUGAGGGCACAGUCUUGGACGAGGACAAACAGGAGCCAAGUAGGAAGAAAGAGAAGAAGAAGCGAUCCGAAGCUGAGCGCAAAGAGCGGAAAGAGAAGAAACGUAAGAAGGCCGAAGAGAACGGUACAAUCCCCAUGGAAUUUACCAGAGACGAUGACAGCGCCAGCGCUGAAGGAGUACCUGCUCCUACUGGGGCGCCGACUCCUCGCGCUCAGGAUCGCCCAACCAUUGACCCACUGCGCAUCUACCGAAGAUGUUGCCAACUUCGCGAGUCUCCCAUUCUCAAACGCAUCAGUGACCAGCUUGCGGCGCCACGAGCGUGUUCCGUUGUUCAACCGGGCGUUGUCACCUGUCUGGAUCUGACAGGGUCGAGGUUGCAACUGGCUGACGUCUUGACCCUGUCAGAUUGGCUCGCCAUUGUACCUGUCAAGAAGCUAUUCUUGGAAGACGCGGACCUGAACGACGAGAAGAUCAGGGUCAUACUCGCAGGUCUCCUGGCCGCCAAGGUUCCGGAGCCCCCUAAACAACGCGACCAGUCCAACGACGGAACCCAGGACGGACUGUGCCAGCAAGGCUCAUGCGCAGUCAAGAAGCUGGUUCUCAAGAACAACCCGAAGAUUACAGCUGAAGGCUGGAAACAUAUCGCUCUGUUUCUCUACAUGUGCAAAUCCAUAAUGGCAAUCGACGUGUCAAUGAUACCGUUCCCAAAGUCUCGACCGCAGGUGGCUUCUCCACCUACUAACAGCACGCAAGCACCGUCUCCCACCAAGGAUAGCAGGUCGGGAGAUGUGGCUGAGAUCUUCUCCAAGGCCAUCUCCGAACGACUGGGCGGUUCAGAGCUUCAAGAAUUAGCCAUGGCUGAAUGCAACCUGACCUCCUCGAGCAUCAGGAAAAUCAUCGACGGCUGCGUCAUCAGCGGCAUCCAACGUCUGAGUCUUGCGACGAACGAUAUUGACGCUGAAGGCCUCGAACAUGUUCUACAUUACUUGCGCUCUGGUGUGUGCCAGGGAAUUGAUCUUGGAGGGAAUGACUUACGAUCAUUGAUGGGCAAGAUCUGCGACAGCAUUAAGCACUGCAACAACAGCCCACUUUGGGCACUGUGCUUGCAAGAUACCGGCCUCACCCCAGAAGCACUCAAGACACUCAUACCAACUCUAAUCUCCCUACCGUCGUUCAGAUUCCUGGACCUCUCGCAUAACAGGGGUCUCUUCAUGGGCCAGACUUCACUUUCCCUCCUUAGGAAAUACAUGCCUCAAUUUAAGGAGCUGAAGCGGAUACAUCUCGUGAAUGUCGACAUGAAGCCCGAAGAUGCAAUCGCUAUCGCAGAGAUUCUACCGGACUGUCCUCACAUCGCGCACAUCAACAUUCUUGAGAACCCCGAGAUAACGCGUGUCGCGACCUCGACAGAUGAGGAGACACAAGAAGAAGCUGCUGCGUUAUAUGCGUCGCUGACUUUAGCAGCCAAGCUGUCCAAGUCGCUCAUAUGUGUCGACGUGGACAUACCGGCUCCGGAACAAGGCGAAGUUAUAAAAGCACUUGCGAAGCAAGUCGUGGCGUACUGCUUGCGCAACAUUGAAUCCAUCAACGAAGUGCCAGAGCUUCAAGCAGCACCAAAACAAGUUGAGGUUCCGGAUAUUCUGAUGCGUCUUGUUGGUCCCGAAGACACUGGUUAUGAAGAGAAUGACAAUGCGUCCAAUGCUGCAGACAAUGACUACAUUGUUGGCGGCACAGGCAUUGCUAAAGCGCUCAGUUACUGCCUUUCUCACAAGGAAACCGAUCUUCGCAGGGUGUCAGUUCCAGUCAGUGGUACCUCUACUCCCAGAAGUCGAAGCAGGGUACCAGUGCUUGAGGAACCGAGCAAGGCCAGAGCCAUGUCUAAGGAUCUUCUUGAGACUGCGCGGAACACGCGAAACAGAAUCCAGCCUGCACUGAUCAGAGAGGCGAAGGGUGGUAAUGACCUGAAUUACCGUCGUUUGCUUUUCCUAGAUCAAACACUUCAAGGCAUGAUUCAACGCUUCGAAGACGAAUACCCAGAAACACGUCUUCAACCAUCCGAUGCAGCUUCUACAACAAGCUCUAAACUCAGCAGCUCACCACCUACCUCCGCUGUACCGACACUCGAGAACAGUGUGUCAACAGACUUCACGGCAGCUGAAUCCGAUGAGGACGAACCUUCUACCCUACGCUCACGCCACAACUCCGACGUCUCUCUCGCAUCACGCCACAUGUCCCUCGAAGAAGGACGUCUCCACCGAUUCGGCCAUCGCGUACGCACCGGUCUUCUCAACCCGUCUCGCCCCACGACUCCUGACGUUUCCGAAAACCAUGUCUCCUUCAUCUCGGGUACGGCAGACGACCAAGGUCUUCCAGAACACCUUCUUGCCAUGCGUGCAUACUUCCAGAAUCACAGCGGUGACGAGAUGAGGCAUAUGAUUGAGGGUAAAGGCUGGGAACAGGCUUUUAACAGUGUCGUGGAGAACGCCGAAGAGCUGAGGAACCUUGAAAGGGAUGACCCGCAACAAUUCAAGAUGUUUAAAGAGAGCCAGAUUGCGGCGUUGAAGAAUCGUAACCCGGAUAUUUUUGCGCCUGGAGAGAAAGAGAGGACGUGUGGUGAGGGGCACAAUGGAAAUGAUUUUGCUAUUGAGGACUAG